ACUUUCCUUUCACCUCAGGACACACGGGAGAGCUAGAGAGGAUGGAGAGCUCCUCUUCCUUGACCAGACUGCCCAGUCUGGUCACAGGACUGCCCUGGUCUCUGUGACUGGAAAAAGGGGCGUUUCUAGGGUGCAGAGAGCUGGUUUUGGUUGGAUCUGGGAGUGGGGAAAUUGAGGCACAGGGGGCGGGGGCAAGCAGUGGGAGGUCACCAAAGGGCAAACUCAGGGUGGGGCAAGCUGGUGCUAUUCCAGCUAGGUGGGGUGCAAAGGCCGCAGAGGACUGAGGGCCCUCUCUGUGUCCCGGAAUAGCCAUGGCUCCAAAGCGCAAGCCUGGGGUGCAACGUGAGGGCCCUGAGAAGAAGAAGGGGAGGCAGGGGGCAGAAGAGGAGGACAGUUUCCGCUCCACUGCUGAGGCCCUCAGAGCUGCACCCACAGAGAAGCUCAUCAUCCAAGUGGACCCCCUGUGCCCACUCAGCCACAACCCCGGGACCAAGGUGCAUGAAGACUACGACUGCACCCUGAACCAGACCAACAUCGGGAGUAACAACAACAAGUUCUACAUCAUCCAGCUGCUGGAAGAGGGUGACCGCUUCAUCUGCUGGAACCGCUGGGGCCGUGUGGGAGAGGUGGGCCAGUCGAAGCUCAGCCACUUCGUGUCACUGGAGGAUGCAAAGAAAGACUUUGAGAAGAAAUUUCGGGACAAGACUAAGAACAGCUGGGCAGAGAGGGAAUACUUUGUGGCCCACCCGGGCAAGUACACACUUAUUGAUGUACAGAGAGAGGACAAGGUCCAGGAAGCCGUGGUGAAGGUAGACGGAGGCCCAGUGAGGACUGUGGUUCAGCAGGUGCAGCCCUGCUCCCUGGAUGCAGCCACACAGAAGCUCAUCACCAACAUCUUCAGCAAGGACAUGUUCAAGAAUGCCAUGACCCUCAUGAACCUCGAUGUGAAGAAGAUGCCCUUGGGAAAGUUGAGCAAGCAGCAGAUUGCCCGGGGCUUUGAGGCCUUGGAGGCGCUGGAGGUGGCCCUGAAAGCCCCUGCACACAGUGGCCUCAGCCUGGAGGAGCUGUCCUCCCACUUUUACACCGUCAUUCCCCACAACUUUGGCCGCAACCGGCCUCUGCCCAUCAAUUCCCCUGAGCUUCUGCAGGCCAAGAAGGACAUGCUGCUGGUGCUCGCGGACAUAGAGCUGGCCCAGACCCUGCAGGCAGCCCCCGAGGAGACAAAGAAAGUGGAGGAGGUGCCACACCCACUGGACCGAGAUUAUCAGCUUCUCAAGUGUCAGCUCCAACUGUUGGAUCCAGAGGCGCCUGAGUACAAGGUGAUAUACACCUACUUAGAACAGACUGGCAACAACUACAGGUGCCCUGCUCUCCAACAUGUUUGGAAAGUGAACCGAGGAGGGGAGGAAGAUCGGUUCCAGGCCCACUCCAAGCUGAGUAAUCGGAAGCUACUGUGGCAUGGCACCAACGUGGCUGUGGUGGCCGCCAUCCUCACCAGCGGGCUCCGCAUCAUGCCACAUUCUGGUGGCCGUGUUGGAAAGGGCAUCUACUUCGCCUCAGAGAACAGCAAGUCAGCUGGCUAUGUUACUGGCAUGUCCUGCGGGAACCAUCACAUUGGCUACAUGUUCCUGAGUGAGGUGGCACUGGGCAAAGAGCACCACAUCACCAUUGACGAGCCAGGAUUGAAGCAUCCACCCCCUGGCUUUGACAGUGUCAUUGCCCGAGGCCGCACAGAGCCUGAUCCAUCCCAGGACACUGAGCUGGAACUGGAUGGCCAGCGAGUCGUGGUGCCCCAGGGCCGGCCCAUGCCCUGCCCGGAGUUCAGCAGCUCCAACUUCUUCCAGAGCGAGUACCUCAUCUACCAGGAGAGCCAGUGCCGCCUACGCUACCUGCUGGAGAUUCGCCUCUGAGGUGUCCCAUCCCCAUCCCCACUCCCUGCCAGGCCAGGCCAGGCCAGGGCCCGGCUGGGAACUAGACCACCAUCCUCAAUCUUCCUCCCAUCCCUGGUGCCCCCACAUCACCCCUUCUUGCCCCCAAAUCUCCCUCCUAUGUUCUAGAUAGUGACUCCUCCCCCUCUUAUCCUUGUUAGUCCUAGCAUGGCUGGGGUCUCCGUCUUACCUCCUAGGGGGACUGGUGUGAACUAAUGUUAUUUACUGGGACACUAGUAAAUGGUGUGAACUAAUGUUAUUUACUAUUCAAGGCUGUAUAGUUAGAGGGGUACAGGCUGAAAGUGGGCAUGUCCCACAUUCACCUGGGCUGACCACCCUGGCCCAGACUGUCCAUCCUAAAGAGGUAUGAUCACUGAGGUGGGUCAACCUUCAAGCAUGCACAGGCAAGUUCAUUAAACUUUGUAUUCACACACCCCCA